UUUUCAUACAUCUUUGCGCAUGCGCAUUAGAAUCCAGUAUUGCGAGUGGAGAGAGAGGAGAGAGAAGAAGGAGGUGGUAAACUAGGAGUUUCUGAGGGGUAGUAGAGAUGAGCAGUGGGCAGAAGACGUGUUACAAGUGUGGCCAACCUGGUCAUAUCUCCAAGGAGUGUGGGAAUGGCGGGGGUGGCCGUAUGUUUGGUGGAGGUGGCAGAGGAAGAGGGGGGCGCUCAGGUGGGAAAUGUUUUCGCUGUAGCCGCCAUGGGCAUUACGCCUACGAGUGCCGAGAAACAUCAGACCGCUGCUACAAAUGUAACCAAUUAGGACAUAUUGCUAAAGACUGCCCCAAAGAAAUUGAGUCAGGUGCCUGCUACAACUGUAACAAGAGUGGGCAUAUCAUGCGUGACUGCCCAGAGGAGCAGGGAAAUAAGAGCUGUUACCGCUGCAACAAGGAAGGGCACAUUGCGCGGGACUGCCCCGAGGAAGCUGUCAAAACUUGCUAUCGUUGUAACAAGGAAGGUCACCUGGCUCGCGACUGUCCGGACUCCCUGGAGUUUGGUGGUGGGAGAGAGUGUUAUAAUUGUGGAGAGAGUGGUCAUCUGGCCCGAGACUGCCCAAAUAAUACAGAUGGAGGUAGACGUGGUGGUGGAAGGAGAGGCGACAGAAGUAGUGAAACUUGCCACAAGUGUGGUGAAGCUGGUCACUAUGCUAGGGACUGUCCAGAGGCCAAGAAGGAUGUCCAGUGUCGCAAGUGUGAUGGCUUUGGUCACUUUGCUCGUGAAUGCACCGCAGAAGUGUAGAUGGAGCCACAACGCCUAGGCAACUAGAUGGAAUUGAAACUAAUGUUGGUGGAGUGAUAAGAUAUUUAAGCUAUCUGACCUUGGUAUUUGUUGUUCUGUUGUUAAGAAGCUAUUAUACUUUUAUAAGUAUGGUUGAUUUGCAUGUUCAGUCCUUGCAUAGAAUGGGGUGGGUCUCAUUUGCUUGUUUUUAAUUUUAGAAGUAUAUUGUUUUUAAUCCUUUUUGUGCUUGUAUUCAAUCACUCUUUAGAUCAGUUUGUUAGAAAGAAGUAAACAAUAUAUUGCUUAUAUUGUUUAACUAAUAUGAUAUCAUAGUUAUUUAUUUGAGCAAAGAUUGCUUUCAUAUUGCAGCUUGUCAUAAUUUUGUACAGAAUUAUUCAAAUGGCACUUUUUGAAUUUCACUCUUUUUGAUAAAGAGGUGAAAGAUACAGGUAGUAGAAAAAGUCCAGUGUAUCUUCAGGGUGUUAAUUGUAAAGCAUAGAAAAUUAUUUAUUUUGGAACCAUUUUGUUUACCCUCAAUAUAUACACAAUAUCACUAGUUAUAAAUGACAUUUUUUCAGUGUACACUAAGGGUGGGGUUAUUUGUUAUAUGACCACUUUCGUAGCUGUAAAUAUGAAUGAAUGUGAAGUUGAUUUUUGAAUCAAAAUAUAUACUUUCCCCAGUGGCCUAGUAAGUAAAGCAGUACAGUUGGGACUUGGGAUGGAAGGCAGCCUGCAUCACUCCAUUAUAUGGGGUGAAAUGUUUGUUUGCACUGUUAUAAGUUUACAAUAUGCUGUACUAAUUUUGCAGUUGUGAGAAGUAAGUGGUGGGGAAAAUUCUAAGGCAGCCAUUUUGCAUCAUUUUUAUUUGUAAUUUUUUUUUAUCAAGCCAUAAAAGAUAGUAACACGUGUAAAUGUAUUUAAAGAUUUGGCACUUUGUGGGGUUGACAUUUCUCAUGAGCAAAAAUUGAUUUUCUGGAAAACAUUUAUGUGAUUGAAAAGAGAAAAUGGGAAAAAAAUCUGA